AUGGCGGCCGUGCUCGAGUACCUCACGGUUGAGGUGCUGGAGCUCGCGGGGGCAACGCGGCGCGCGACAACAAGAAGCCGCAUCGCGCCGCGGCACAUCUACCUCGCGUGCGGUUGGGACGAGGAACUCAACAGCAUGCUCUGGGGGAGCGCGGCCACAUCGCGGGCGGCGACUUCACGGAUCACGCGUUCACGCCGGUCCGUGCACGACGGCCGCCUCGCCCUCAAGUACGACGAGCUCACCGACCUCGACUGCCUCGUCGCGACCCUGUCGGUGGACCCGGAGUGGCGCUCGAGGACGUGGAUCGUGGUGGCGCACUGCGAGAACGAGAUCGAGGUCAAGUUCCCGAUCAUCGGCGACGCGGGCCGCUCCAUCUCGACCGCGUACGGCAUGAUCGACCCGGGCAACAAGCCCUGCACCGUCUACAAGUACAAGCCGGAGCUGACCCCCGGGUCAAUCAAUCAAGGCCGGCAAGUCGCCGGCUAG